CCGUGUCCCCCGGCCGCGGCGCCGAGCUCCUGGAGCUGCCGGCGGGCAGCCCCGCGGCCGCCGACCCCGCCGCCGAGAGGAGGAUGGAGCCGUCCCCCGCCGCGAGGUGAGCGCGGCGCCGCUGCGGGACCGGGGCAGCUGUCAGCGCGGGGCCGGGAGCGCCGCGGGGCGCCGGGAGCGCGCUGCCCUCAGCCCGCGGGGCUGGGAGCGGGCGGGCCGGGCGGCUGCGGGCUCCUCGGGCCGGGACUGUUCCUGCCGCGCUCCAGGGCGGCAGAGCGUCCCGCAGCUCCCGGCUCUGUCCCGGCUGCGCCGAGCGUUUCUAUUUUUUAUUUUUUUGCUUUUUAUUUUUUGCUUUUACUUCUUUAAAAAAAGGUCUCCCACAAAGUCCGUUCCGGUCUGCAGUGUUCACGGUACUGCAGAACGCGUUUCUCUCGUUCUCAGAGAAGGGAAUGGCUCCGGAGCGGAAAUGUUGGCUCUCUUGUUUCAGAGAGAAAUCAAAGUUAUUCUGUAGCGGUUACUGUAGGUAAUACAUCCGAGUGAGUUCAUUCAGCACCCUUGUGCUUGUAGCUUUGGCUUGCUGUCCAUUUGCUUGAAUUGGUAAAUGCAGUAUAUUGAGGCGUUGCAGAACUGCUCGUGUGUGUGUUUCACCGAUUUAUGUGCAGACAUCCCAGGUGGAAGUGAUUUGAGUGCCUCUGACUUAUGCUGGGUAGGGUAGCUCACGGAGAGCUGUGGUGUGCGGGCAGGAGGGCACAGCAGUGCGGUGUCGGUGUGCAGCUGAGCUGCGGGUGUUUGGUGAGGUGCUGCGCAGAGAAGCACAUCUGCACUUCUCCUUUAAUGUUGUCUUACUGUUUAUUUCGCUAAUUGAACCUCCUAGGAGAUCUAUUCCCUGUUUAGGAGGUGACGUGUACGCUUUCUAGCUGUGCCCUCUGCCAGCUAAACCUCACAGAUUCUGUUUUAAACGUUAGCUUACCUUGGGAGUACUGUGCUGAGAGUUGGCUUCUAAAGUUAUGUCCUGUUUGUGUGCAUUCUGAGAAAUCCUUAGUGGGUUUGGGGCUGUUUCUAGGGCAGUGCAGAAACGCUUGAGAUGGUCUGGUCCCAGCAGAUAAGAAAUCCUUACAGAAGGAUUAGCAGAAAUCUGAAGUAUUCAGGAAAGGAAGAAAAUCAUGUGGGUUAUAAAUUCUCUGACUCUGCCGAUUAGGGAAGAACAAUAUGCUGUGUCUUUUAAUGCAACUGUAACUAGUUCUGCGGCUUUCAGAGAAAAUGAAGAAUUAGUGUCAGAACACAGAACAGGCUGGCAUCUCUCUGAUGCUAAACGUGAGCUAGGCUGGGUAUCAGGCUCAGGAAGUUCAGUGUACAUCACAUCAGUGCUGAAGCACUGACUCCGUCUGUGCUGGUCUAUCCCACAGCAGCAAUGACAGAGCAGCUGUGGAAUUUUUCCCUUUACAUGGGCAGUACUGCUUACUUGUUAAGUACCUGCACUCACAAGUUACUGUUCUGAGCGUGUGUGUGUUUGUGGAGGGAGAAGGGUUAAAGCCCUUCUCCCUCCACAAAUGCUCUCUUGUAUAUAAACACAACAUGUCCACAAAUAAUGGAGAAAGUUAAGGCAACUGCUCAUCUCCUUGCUGUAUCACUAGGAUGAACUCUAAGUAGCCCAUCAUGAGCGCAGUUUGAAGUAUCUGGCAGCUUUAAUUGUAACUGUCCUUCGGAAAUACUCUAGCGUAUCUCAGCAGUUCUGCAUGUCCUGUCAGCAGACAUGGCCUAGCAGAGAAGUAGUUAUUCAACAUCAAGAAUGUAAAACAUUUCUCUGCUGUCACUGUGAUAAUAACUUGCUCUAGCAGGAGGGAGUUCUUGGUACUUGGGUAGCAGCGAGCAUGUUAUGUGUUAAAUAUUAAGUCAGUGUGUGGAGUUGUUGCCCAGGCAUUUAAUAAGAGGCAGACUGAUGGAUGUAAUAUGCAGAGUUUUUCUGUUCUUUAACAGAGUAGUUCUGCUUUCCCAUAAGAUCUGCUACUCAUUAAACGAUACUGUACUUGCUCCGAAGUCCCCCUAUCAGUCUCCUUGGUAUUACAGUCUCUCUCUAAACAGACCUUCUAUUUAUGCUGGGAGACAUGCACAAGCUUUAGAAUGAAGCUGAAAAGUGAUUUUGACUCUACUGUGAAGUUGUAAGUAUCACCCUUUUCGACUACUCUUUCAAGCAUUCUACUUGUCGCAGGAGCAGAUAACAUUUUUGCUAAAAGCUGUGACACUUUAAGCUGUCUUUUUAUAACACCGUAAGGGAGGGGAAUUACUUUACUGGGAAAUGCAGCUUUGGCAUAAAACACUUCAGACCUUUUAUUCCUUCUCUGUACUGACUGUAUAUUGAUUUGGUUUAUAUAAGAAGAUCAUAGCAGUGAGGUCAGCAGUAGCUCUAUUAUGAUUUCUUGUUGUUCUAGUGCAACAUCUGAUUUGGGCAGAAAUCCACAAUGGUAAUGUGCACCUCAAUCAUUAACAAAGUUUUUUAAAACACUGAAACAGCUUAAGUGAUGUUUUUUUGUGCCUGAAAUUGGUGUGGCUUACUUACUGCAUUCCUGACCACAGGAUCAGUUAUGCUGCCAUAACUCUACUUUUAAAGAAACAAGCAGGAAGUGCUCUGAUUCGUCCGCAGUGUAUACGGUGACCGUGCACCAUAUGACUUGCAUGGAAAUUCAGCAUUCCAAUUUCAUAUGCAAAUACAGCAAACGUGGGAGUUCAGCUGCAGGAAAGCCAGUGAAGUCGUGACAUGGAGAAUAAAGAAACCCUCAGGGGGUUGCAGAAGAUGGAUGACCGCCCAGAAGAGCGCAUGAUCAGGGAGAAACUCAAGGCAACGUGUAUGCCAGCUUGGAAGCAUGAAUGGCUGGAAAGAAGAAGCAGGAGAGGCCCUGUGGUGGUGAAACCUAUCCCUGUGAAGGGAGAUGGAUCUGAAAUGAACAAGCUAUCUCUAGAACCUCAAUCUGAAGGACAAAGCUCUGCUUCUUCACCUACGCAGAAAGGAAGGCGUAGUCCUUCUCCUAGCAGUUCUUCUUCAUCAUCCUCUCGGACUGUUAAAUCUGAGUCACCAGGUGUUAGAAGAAAAAGGGUAUCUCCAGUACCUUUUCAGAGUGGACGAAUAACACCACCUCGAAGAGCCCCAUCUCCAGAUGGUUUCUCUCCAUACAGCCCUGAGGAAACAAGUCGUCGUGUCAACAAAGUUAUGCGAGCCAGGCUGUACCUGCUGCAGCAGAUAGGACCCAACUCUUUCUUAAUUGGAGGAGAUAGCCCUGAUAAUAAAUACAGAGUGUUUAUUGGACCUCAGACAUGUAGCUGUGGCCGUGGAACAUUUUGUAUUCAUCUGCUCUUUGUUAUGCUGCGAGUGUUCCAGCUUGAGCCUUCAGACCCAAUGCUGUGGAGAAAGACACUGAAAAACUUUGAGGUUGAGAGUUUGUUCCAGAAAUAUCACAGUAGGCGUAGCUCGAGGAUCAAAGCUCCAUCUCGUAACACCAUCCAGAAGUUUGUCUCACGCAUGUCAAAUUCUCAUACAUUAUCAUCUAGUACUUCUACAUCUAGUUCAGAAAACAGUAUGAAAGAUGAAGAGGAGCAGAUGUGCCCCAUUUGUUUGCUGGGCAUGCUGGAUGAAGAGAGCCUGACUGUGUGUGAGGAUGGCUGCAGGAACAAAUUACACCACCACUGCAUGUCAAUAUGGGCAGAAGAGUGUAGAAGAAACAGAGAGCCACUUAUAUGUCCUCUGUGUAGAUCUAAAUGGAGAUCUCAUGAUUUCUACAGUCAUGAAUUGCCAAGCCCUGUGGAUUCUUCUGUUCUCCAUGUGGUUCAACAACAAACUCAACAGCAAUCAACAAUUGGAUCACAGAGGAGAACCCAGGAUAGCAAUUUCAACCUUACUCAUUAUGGGGUCCAGCAGAUUCCUUCUGCCUAUAAAGAUUUAGCUGAGCCAUGGAUUCAGGUCUUUGGAAUGGAGUUAGUUGGCUGCUUGUUUUCUCGAAACUGGAAUAUACGAGAGAUGGCACUUAGACGUCUUUCCCAUGAUGUUAGUGGUGCUUUAUUACUGGCUAAUGGUGAAAGCACUGGAAGUUCUGGAAAUAGCAAUGGAAACAACACGAGUGCUGGAGCUCUGGGAAUAGCGAGUGGGUCAUCUCAGGCCACCGUCUCAGGAGAUGUUGUGGUGGAAUCUUGCUGCAGUGUGCUAUCCAUGGUCUGUGCUGACCCUGUCUACAAAGUGUAUGUUGCUGCUUUAAAAACCUUAAGAGCCAUGCUGGUCUAUACUCCUUGUCAUAGUUUGGCAGAAAGGACUAAACUACAGCGACUUCUGAAGCCAGUUGUAGAGACAAUAUUAGUUAAAUGUGCAGAUGCCAACAGUCGAACAAGUCAACUUUCAGUCUCAACGCUAUUGGAGAUGUGUAAAGGCCAAGCAGGAGAGUUGGCAGUUGGGAGAGAAAUACUUAAAUCUGGGUCCAUUGGUAUUGGUGGUGUUGAUUAUGUCUUAAAUUGUAUUCUUGCAACUGAAAUUGAAUCAAGCAACUGGCAAGCGCUACUGGGGAGACUUUGUCUUAUAGACAGACUUCUGUUGGAAUUUCCUGGUGAAUUUUAUCCUCACAUUGUCUGUGGAGAUGUUUUACAGGCUGAUGCCAUAGUAGGCAGAUAUAAGAAACUUCUCUCCCUUCUAAAUUUCGCCUUGCUGUCAAUUGACAAUUCCCACUCAAUGGUUGGUAAACUAUCACGGAGAGUAUUUUUGAGUUCAGCAAGAAUGGUUGCAAGAGUUCCUCACGUGUUUGUAAAGCUGUUAGAAAUGUUGAGUGUGACAAGCUCAACUCAUUACACAAGGAUGCGUCGACGUCUGAUGGCAAUAGCAGAUGAAAUGGAAGUUGCAGAAGCCAUCCAGCUUGGCAUGGAAGAAAUACAGUCUGGGGAAUGUCGACAUGAAGACUUUCUGCAGCUACCCGUACCAGAUAAUUCUCCAGAAGCUACAGAAAAUAAUACUCCUAACAAUACUGUCCAGUUAUCAGGGAAAAAUGGGAAAGGCUUAAGUGACAAAAAACUGAGUGCUGGUCCAGAGGACAUUUCUGAGACACUGACUAGCCUAGUUGUGGGACAUCCUGUUUCAUCACUAACCACUGAGCAACCAAAGCCAGCUGUUCAAACAAAAGGAAAACCCUACAGCCAGUGUUUGAACUCUUCUCCCUCAUCCAGUCAUUCCCAGUCACUAUUCCCAACACUUCUCUCUCCUUCAAACCCAUCUGUAUCAGCUGGCACUGUAACAGAUGUCUCUAAACUCCGACCUCAGGGAUUCAUUCCCUGCAAAAUCCCUUCUCCUUCUCCUCAAACACAACGGAAGCUUUCCCUCCAGUUUCAGAGAAGCUGCUCUGAAAAUAAAGAACCAGAUAAGCUUUCUCCAGUUUUUACCCAAGCCAGGCCAUUGCCAUCUAGUCACAUACACAGGCCAAAGCCAUCACGACCCACUCCAAAUGAUAUGAACAAGCAGGGAGAAACUUCAAAGAACAGCAUGACACUUGACCUGAAUGAUACUUCACAUUGUGAUGGCAAUGGUAGUAACAGUAGUGCAGUUAUACCAAGUGAAGAGACAGUGUUCACACCAGUAGAUGAAAAAUGUCGGCUGGAUGUUAAUGCAGAGCUCAACUCCAGUAUUGAGGACCUCCUUGAGGCCUCCAUGCCAACAAGUGAUGGCACAGUUACUUUCAAGUCCGAAGUUGCAGUUCUUUCUCCCGAGAGGGCUGAAAAUGAUGAUACUUACAAAGAUGAUGUAAAUCAUAAUCAAAAAUGCAAGGAAAAGAUGGAAGCUGAAGAAGAGGAAGCUUUAGCUAUUGCUAUGGCAAUGUCUGCAUCUCAAGAUGCCCUGCCAAUAAUUCCCCAACUACAGGUCGAAAAUGGUGAAGAUAUCAUAAUUAUUCAGCAAGAUACACCAGAAACUCUGCCUGGACAUACCAAAGCAAAGCAUCAUUACAGGGAAGAUGCAGAAUGGCUUAAAGGUCAGCAAAUUGGUCUUGGAGCUUUCUCUUCCUGUUACCAAGCUCAAGAUGUAGGAACAGGGACAUUAAUGGCUGUAAAACAGGUGACAUAUGUCAGGAACACAUCAUCUGAGCAAGAAGAGGUAGUGGAAGCACUGAGGGAGGAAAUACGGAUGAUGAGUCAUCUAAACCAUCCUAAUAUUAUUCGCAUGUUGGGUGCUACAUGUGAGAAGAGCAACUACAACCUCUUCAUUGAAUGGAUGGCAGGGGGAUCAGUUGCUCAUUUGUUGAGUAAAUACGGAGCCUUCAAAGAAUCAGUUAUUAUUAACUACACAGAGCAACUGUUACGUGGCCUUUCUUACCUCCAUGAGAAUCAGAUAAUUCAUAGAGAUGUCAAAGGUGCCAAUUUGCUAAUUGACAGCACAGGUCAUAGAUUAAGAAUUGCUGAUUUUGGAGCUGCAGCCAGGUUGGCAUCAAAAGGAACUGGUGCUGGGGAGUUUCAGGGACAGUUGUUGGGAACUAUUGCAUUUAUGGCCCCGGAGGUUCUGAGAGGUCAGCAGUAUGGUAGGAGCUGUGAUGUGUGGAGCGUUGGCUGUGUUGUCAUAGAAAUGGCUUGUGCUAAACCUCCCUGGAAUGCAGAGAAACACUCCAAUCAUCUUGCUCUGAUCUUUAAGAUUGCUAGUGCAACUACUGCUCCAUCAAUCCCUUCACAUCUGUCUCCUGGCUUGAGGGAUGUGACUCUUCGGUGUUUAGAACUUCAACCUCAGGACAGACCCCCAUCGAGGGAGCUGCUGAAACACCCAGUCUUCCGUACUACAUGGUAGCUACUUAUGUGUAAGGCUAUACACUGAAGAAGAUGCUACUGAAUAUAAAGUAACUGUCUUACAGUGCAGUUAAGCACAGCAGCUUGUAUUGUUCUACUGGCCUUGAUGACAGGUAUACAUCAUGGACUUCAGGCCAGUGGAGGACCCUACCUAAGUAUGUGAUUGAGAAAUGGAGAUCUUUAUCUAAACUCAGUAUGCAACAUUUCACAACUUGUGCAGAGAUUUGUAAACUGUGCCUUUUCAAACACAUGGCUGUGUGUCAACGCAAAAGCAUUUUUCUUUAUAUCUGCAUGAUUAUUUAGCAACUUAAGUGAUUUUUAUUUUAUUUGGAGCGCUUUUUCAGCAAUAUUAGCCGCUGAGGGGCUCAGGAUCUAUUUUAAUAAAACAAUCACUGUUCUAUUUCACAUCAUGUAGAUGUAAGCAGAGGAUUCUGCAAUUAGGAAGUUCUGUAUCUGUCUCUUUGACUAUACAAAUCUCUGUGUAAAAAAUCCAAAUGUUGAUGGAUACUUUAAAAAAAAAGAAAAGCCUUCCUUUAAGUAAGAGCAGGCAGUUGUGGUUCACUGUGCAUUUACUGCUGGCUGUGUAAUUUCUUUUGAAAUUAAAGUUUUGUGUUUUCAUUGUAUUUUUAACUUUCAGGUAAUGGGGAUAUUUUAAAAUAGUCUUUAGAAAAAGAUGCAAACUGUCACUGAACAUCUUGCUGACACAAGUUUUAAAAACAGAUUUGCUAGAAAUCUGAAAUAAAAUGCCAUCCUCAAGUCAGUGUUUAAGGCUCUGACGGUAUAGCUUAUUAGAGAAUAAUAAAGAUUGUUCUGCGUGAAACAAUUUAGAUUCUGAAUCAUGUGAAAAGUCGUUGAGCCUUCUUUUCAUAUGGCAAAUUAUGCAGAAGUUAUGUCAAAGGCGCCAGACUCAGCUUCCAUUGAGGUUGACAGGAGAUGCUGUUCUGUACCUCAUUGGGAGCAGGUGCCAGCUAUGAGUAAAGCUCAUUCUUUCUGUAACAACAUUGAGGUCACGUUCUUCAAUGAUAACAAGUUUUACCUGCUGUUUUCCUUCUGCCAUACAUCAUCUAUUUACUGUAGCUGUUAGUGAUAAUUUUAUUUGAAAAUGUUGGAAAAAAAAAAAUAUUACCCUAAGAAAGGUAUUUAUUUUAUCAAGAAAUGAUCUUGGACUUGAAAAGCAAGAUAAAGUAAAAUGUGAAGUAAAGCUUCACCUGUAGUGCAAAACUUGUGUUUUUAGCAGGUGUGUUUUUAAAACAGAUUUUUAAAAUUAUUUUUAAGGCAGGUUUUUAGAUUCUGAUGCAUGUAAUUCUGAAGGAAAAUGGCAGCUUUUCUUUUGCUUUUUUUAUGAUGGGGAUCUUUUUAAAUCGAAUAUUGAUUGUGUGUAAUCCUUUAAAAAAUACUGUUCGUGUUUUAACUCUUCAGAAGCCAGUUAAGUUGUUGGGCUGAAACAGAAUUGGUUAUUUCUCAAAGACUCAGGAUAAACUAAAUAAGCUACAGUACAUUUAAAAAUGUACAAUACGGAUUGGAAGUGAAACAUCCUAAAGAUGAGUUUACAGGAAUGAUAGUGCUCAUACUAAAUAAUAACAAAAGGCAGUGUCAUUGGUUGUGAAUGUGUUCCUUUGGAAAUUUUACAUUCCUUUGUUUUGGAAGAUUGGCAGACUUUGAAGAGUUAAAAAAGAUAAUACCGAAAUGUGAAGUUUGGUAGCUCUAACUGUUUUGUACUUGACUUUUUUUUUUUUUUUGACCACUUUAGAAUUUCUCAUUCUAAUAAGAUUGUUUCCAAGUCUUUCUUACGUGCAAGCUUUAAAGGAUGCACUCUUGCCAAUUCAUGUACUGGAAGAUCGGUUGUCAGAUUAAUACUGUUUCUGGCAGAUCUGUAAACUGUAUAAACUGAUGAACCUCAGCUAAUCAGUAUUACUUUGUAGAUCACCAUGCCUACCACAUUUCAAACUCAAACUGCCUCUAGCUGUCCAAAUGCAUUUUGUUUGAGUUUGUUUGCGUUUCCCUCAGCUUGCUGGUAAUUGUGGUGUUUUUAAAAUGCAGAUGUGAUGUAAUAUUCUUAUUUUCUUUGGAUCAAAGCUGGACUGAAAAUUGUAUUGUGUAAUUAUUUUGUGUUCUUAAUGUUAUUUGGUACUUAAGUUGUAAAUAACGUCUACUGCUGUUUAUUCCAGUUUCUACUACCUCAGGUGUCCUAUAGAGUUUCUUCUACCAAAGUUCACUUUCACAAUGAAAUUAUAUUUGCUAUGUGUCUGAUUCCUAAGAUUUCCAGGGCUUAAGGGCUAACUUCUAUUAGCACCUUACUGUGCAAGCAAAUUUUACAGAAAUCUCUGGGUUAAGAAAUUUGGCUUCAUUGUAUCCUUUGUUAUUUUAAAUAUAUCAAGAUAUUUUAAUUAAAAGUUUUUACCCCAUUGAACCAAUUUUAUAUAGUAUAAUUUGUACCUAUUUUGGUGUUCUUGUCUUUAUAGUAAAUAAAAGUUUUUGAACAAA